AGUAUCUAAUGUAGCUAGAGUGCAGAUGAGCAAUAUUAGAUGCUCGUCAGAUGGUGAUUAUGCUUAUAUCUGAUUACGGGCCGAUUAACAUGUGUACCGAGAGCUGUAGAGCUAGCAGGGAGUCAGGGACGAGCGCUCGUACCCAAAGAAAAAAGAGUUCCUGGGCAGUGUUCCGGCAAAACAAUACAAAAGAAAACAAAGUUUCUGGACAGUGGGACUCGAUUUUCUUUCUUGAUCAACAAGCAUUCGUGGGUGCGGCCUUCCUUCCUACUCCAUGUAAACAGAAGGCGUCUACCGUCUGCCGGUUGCUGCAGAACACUAACCGACCGAGGGGAGAUCCGAUCGGCAAUGGCGACGCCGAUGCUGCGAUCUGCCGUUGCUGGCCUCGCGCUCGAGCGAUCGGCAAGCCUGAGGCUUCCGGCUCGCCCUGCGUCGGCCGCAUCCUUCAGCAGCAACGCCGCCGCCGGCCGGUUCGAGAAGCGUCAGGUCGAUGAGAAGAACGACGAGUCAGAUGCAGCACGGCGACGACGCAAACAAGAAAGACAUGGCAUCUCUCGAGGCCACGCUGGUGAUUCUGGUGAUUCUGGUGAUUCUUCUUGGAUGAUGAUGAUGUUGGACGACGACAAGCCUCCUUCCACCGGACCACACUCUACUACGGACUCCUCCUCCACCUCCCGUGCGUCUGCGACGGCGGAGUCGGACGUGUCCUCGCCGUCGUCGGGGGGCUUCUGGGGCGGGGAAAGCUCCUGGUCGUGGGGCUCGGGAGGAGGGGACUCGGGCUUCGGAGGAGGGGACUGCUCGGGAGACUAGCCAGCUGAUGGGUACCGUGUCCCAUGAUUUCUUAGCAAGUUUUUCUCCGUUUAAUUCCUACGACUAUAAACCACGUUCAACCGAAUGAUUCCCCUCCUCGUACAUUGCUUUGAUAUCUUGUGCUUAGAUUUUAAACCUUCACUUUAAGAAGGGAUCAUUACGCCUGCAUCGAUUUUGAUGGAUCCAGCCAAAGAUCAAACUCGAGAUUUUAAUCCUUGUUUUUGUCUCUGGUCUCUCUGUUCCUUGUUUCGUGCAAGCCUUGUGUAGACAAAAAAGUUUCUUUCUGCCAUGGCAUGUAUUGCCCAACGCCCGAACCCAAUGCUCUGUAUUUUUUAUUUUAUUUUGCGACUGAAUGCUCUGUAUUUUUGCUGAUGAGAUUAAGGCAUCUCUGACGCCGACCCGCAAACCGGUCAUUCAAAACUAGCCGCAUAUGUGCAGCUGCUUUUCGGUCGAAAUUUAAUAAAAUUGAACAAAUUUGAUGCAUAUUUAAACAACUUGAACAUAUUCGUUCAUACUUG